AAAUAGGAAAUUUAUUAUACAAUAAAACGACAAAAAUUAAAUAUACGCAUUUAGCUGAAUGGUUUUUUUCACCGACUUAAGCGACCUUAAACGGUGUCCCAGUAAACAACAAAAAUGGCCCGUCAUUUCAGUCAGGCAAAAAUUGACGAGUACAAAGAAUGCUUUAGCUUCAAUGCUAAACGUAACUACAUCAGCCAGGAUGAUGAAUUAUCCCUGAUCAUGCGCUCCCUUGGCUUCAGUCCAACUAGAGAGGAGGUUGUCAGAUACUUGGAGAAAUACAAGGAUGAAGAUGGUAAGAUGAACUUUGCCUCAUUCUUGGAUGUACUCCACGAACACAGCCAGUCGGAAGAUGUCAAGACGGAAAUUUUGCAAGCUUUCAAAACUCAUGAUAUUGACAAGAAAGGCUAUGUCUCAGCUAAAGAACUUCGGCACAUCCUUACAAACAUUGGAGACAGACUCACCGAUCAAGAAGUUAACAGCCUUCUACGUGAGUUUCGAAUUUCCCCUGAUGGUCCUGUUCAUUAUGAAGCUUUCCUGAAGCAAUUAUUAACUCCGUUUCCAGACUACGAUCUGUCAUAAGCUACCCGAUUAGCCUAUUUUUGUUUAAUAUGAUUAAUCACCUACUGAAACCUGUCAUUUAAACUUUACUGACCAGCAAAGCCUUUAAAAACAAUUGAGGGGAAACAUAAUUAAUUUUAACUUGCAAGAGUUAAUAGAAGGUACUUCUUUCUCUUCAGAUAUUCUAACCUAUAGAAAUAUAUGUCCUUUUUGUAUGUCUUAGUCUCUCUCUUUUACACUCUCUCGCCGUUCUUUGAGUGUGUGUAUAUAUAUAUAUAUGAUGAUGAUGAUGAUGAUAUAUAUAUAUAUACACACAUAUAUUAUAAAGGUUUUCCUUGACUGGGACUUUAAGUUUUGUCUGAUGGCUUAUUCAACCUCUGGCUGAAUAAACCAUCAAACAAAAUUGGAAGUCCUGGUCAGAAUGAAUUUAUUUUUAUGACUCUACUUUCAUUAUUGAGUCUCUUCAUCAAGCACAAACAUUGAUUAAUAAUUGAAUGACAAAAAAAAACAGGUGAUAUGUAAUCACCUUCAUUAGCUAUUACAGCUCUAAUCUAAUGAUGAUAAUUGCAUAACUCCUGCUCUUUUGAUAGUCAUUUAUUCAUUAAUACUGCAUUCUGUACUUCUGGUGCUUAUAAGAGUCUGGAGAGGAGAACGUUAGUGAAUUCUCUCCACCUCACUGCCAGAACUUUGUAAUGCUCUACAUUAUAAGUGUUUUAAAUUAUAACAACUGUUUAUUAGCCCUGCUAUGGCAAAAUGGGAAUAUAAUUAUGUAUGUGUCUCGGAGUGGUUGGCAUUAGGAAGGGCAUCCAGCUGUAGAAACUCUGCCAGAUCAAGAUUGGAGCCUGGUGCCGCCAUCUGGUUCGCCAGCCCUCAGCCAAAAUCAUCCAACCCAUGCUAGCAUGGAAAGCGGACGUUAAACGAUGAUGAUGAUGAUGAUAUGCAUGCAUAUUCUUAUUUUGAUAUUCUAAAUUUUUUACAGGGAUUAUUGUCUCAUCAUUUCAUUUCUGCUUCCCUUGCAAAUCUAGAGACUUAGACUUCUAAUGUAAGAAAUGUUAUCAACUUACUGGUUGGGCUCAUGGACGCCCUAAAAUAGAUAUAAGCUCCAAAUGUGUGGAUCAGUUUUGGAGGUAGAGGUUUGAUCUUGUAGUGUUAGAAUCAUUUCACUUCUUAUGCAUUACAGAUGCUCUUAGAAAUGACUCGAACAUCACAAUAUCUCACACCCUUUAAUUUAUUAAAAUAUCAAGCCUUCAUGCUUGAUAUUAUCUCUGGAACACACUACUUGGUGUAAGUAUACAAAACAAACACACUUAUUGCAAUUCAACAAGCAACCAGAAUUU